AUGAGUUUUCCAAAUUAGGAUUAUUUGGCCAUGAUCAAAAACAAAUAGCAGCAAUAAUAAUAGUAGUCCCCUUUAUAGCAAUAGUUCUGUUAUCCUAUGAUGUAAAUUAUUGAUAGGAUUUAAAGGUCACCUCAACCCUGGAAUUAUUGGAUGAUGUAACAACAAUUCCAGUAAAUGCCUUAGAUGUAGAUAUCUCCAAUGUUGUCCCAAUAGCAAAUGAUGUCUCCAAUUUCACCUUUGAAUGUAUCAAUGAUACCUCCUCAAUUUUUGUUGCAACCCUAGUAAAAUCCAAGCAGGUUAUCCACAUCUCAAUCUCAACCACUCCAAAAUAAGCAAUAUGUGGAAGUCAAUGGCACCAAAGUGAAAAUGAAUAUGAAAUUGAUCAAGGAUGAUGACGACAUGUUGGAUUAUGAUGAAAUCAAAAGACAAAAACAAAAAAAAGUCAAUUCGACAAAUAAAAGGAAAUGA